GGAAGGUUGAAGGGGUUUACGGGGUACGGUGGGGCCUGCGUGGCGGCGGAGCGGGCGCUGCGGCCUAAGGGCGGCCUCCCCUCAGCCGCUCGGCCUCGGUUCUCCCCCGCUCCUCGGGGGCCUUUUCUCUCACUCUCUUCCCUCCGCAGCAUCUCCGCCGACCCAGGCCUGUUUCUCCGCACCCCCGGAGCGAGCCCCGGUGCUUCUCGCCUUCCGUCGCCGCUGCUCAAGGCAGGAAGAAAAGUUUUUCCGUCGCCUUGCGGGAAGCGACCAAAGGAACAAGAUGAAAACGAUGACGGGAUCAAACGAGUUCAAACUAAAUCAAACUCCAGAUGAUGGUAUUUCAUCAGUAAAGUUUAGUCCAAAUACAUCUCAGUUUCUGCUUGUUUCAUCGUGGGACACAACUGUCCGGCUCUAUGAUGUUCCUGCCAACACCAUGAGACUCAAAUAUCAACAUUCAGGAGCUGUCCUUGACUGUGCUUUUUAUGAUCCUACCCAUGCCUGGAGUGGAGGGUUAGAUCAGCAACUGAAAAUGCACGAUCUGAACACGGACCAAGAAAACCUCGUUGGUGCCCAUGAUGCUCCUAUCAGGUGUGUUGAGUAUUGCCCAGAGGUGAAUGUGAUGGUGACUGGAAGCUGGGAUCAAACUGUUAAGCUGUGGGAUCCCAGAACUCCCUGUAACGCAGGAACCUUCUCUCAGCCUGAAAAGGUCUACACGCUUUCUGUGUCUGGGGACAGACUGAUUGUGGGGACGGCAGGUCGGCGAGUGCUGGUGUGGGAUUUGCGGAACAUGGGUUACGUUCAGCAGCGAAGAGAAUCCAGUCUCAAAUACCAGACCCGCUGUAUCAGGGCAUUUCCCAAUAAACAGGGUUAUGUUUUAAGUUCUAUCGAAGGGCGUGUUGCGGUGGAAUAUUUGGAUCCAAGUCCAGAAAUCCAGAAGAAGAAAUACGCGUUCAAAUGUCACCGCUUGAAGGAAAACAACAUUGAGCAGAUUUACCCAGUUAAUGCUAUUUCCUUCCAUAACGUCCACAACACGUUUGCUACAGGAGGUUCGGAUGGAUUUGUAAAUAUUUGGGAUCCCUUUAAUAAGAAGAGGCUGUGCCAGUUCCAUCGGUAUCCCACAAGCAUAGCCUCACUUGCCUUCAGCAACGAUGGGACUACCCUGGCAAUAGCUUCCUCCUAUAUGUAUGAGAUGGAUGACAUUGAGCAUCCUGAAGAUGGUAUCUAUAUUCGCCAAGUGACAGACGCCGAAACAAAACCUAAGUCUACUUAGACUUCUGUUGCUACUUCUCUACAAGAGCUGCCCACCUGCUCCUAACAAGACUAAACUAAACCAAUAGAAGUGAGAAGAACAAUCUUUGUACUGAUGUUGUUUUUAACGAAGAAAUAUUUGUUUGUAUAUUGUAUGUCUUAAUCUGUCAUUGCUUUACUUGCCUGCUUAUAAUGGUAGUGAAACUGUUUUCUUUAUCUGCUGUCUGUAGCUAAAUUAGUUCACUCCUGUAGGCAACCUUUUAAAAAACUUUUCACAUUUUGUAGUAUCUAAUUAUGAAAACUUCCGGUGGUCUUAUAAUUGUUCAAUAAAUAUCCAUAGGUUUUUUGAAAACAAAUGCUUUGUCUAACAACCUUUACUGUUUUGCAAAACAAACAUUAAGACUAAACCAUUAAGUUGCAAGACUUCUUGAGUUCUAGAUUUUCCUGGAAAUGGAAAAUUUCUGAAGCUUUUGUCUUCUGAUGAGAUGGACUGGGAAUUCCUUCAUUACUGGGGAACAUUGGCUCUCCAGGCAAUGUUUUCACAGGGCUGUGAAAACCUAAAGCUGUAUUAGAUGGACUUGUUUGUCUCAGUGGCUUGAUUGUUACUGGAGAGCAAUUAACUGUUUCUGGAGGAAAGAACUUGAACAUGUGGUACUUUGCUUUUUUUCACAUACUGCAUAAAAGCUUAAAAUUAAUGAUGCUCAGGAAGAAUUGCAGGUAGGUGGGAGCAAAUGCAGAGUUCCACCCUGUAGCUGAGUGGUCUGUUCCCAGUCUGCAGAUCUGACCUGGUAGCCCAGGAGUAACACAAGUGGAAAGGUAGAAAAGAGGAGUUUCCCCGGAGUGGAAGUGUCAUUCUGGCCACAAAACCCAUGAAAAUAUGCUGUUUCUCUGAAUGUCUUGUGUGCCUUAGUGCCAGUUGGUAAAAAGUCUAAUCUGUAAUCAGAUUUUGUAUCAGGUGUGAGAAAAUACUUGAACUUGGAGCAAUUAAAAAAUUUCUUAGGAAAAUGGUGUUAGAAAAACAA